GCGAAAGGAAAGGAGAAGGCAGUAGAAGCCGAAGCUGAGAUGAUGAGUGAUGCAAAGAUACAGACUCAGCCUAUCCCUAUCCCUCCUGUGCAGCUGAAAUGGGCCGCGUACGAGCCUAUACCCGACAGUUGGCUACUUGGGGGUAGUCCCGGUCUACCUUCUGCUUCAUUAGUAUCGGAUUCGUUCUCGAUCUUUUUCGGUUCCGCCUCCACCUCUUCAUCUAUACGUUCAUCGAAGGAUGAAUCUCGACGUAAUUCUGAGUCCAGUGCUGUGCGAGACUCGUCUGAGCCCGCCGUUGAUGCCCUGGCGGAAGAAGAGCUGCAGUCUUUCUUCUUGGAUGGCGACGACUUGACUAACCAGUUGGAUGGGAUUGACCAUGUUUUCAAUCACUUCUAUGCAACCCGUUGACUCGUUCAGGUUGUUCACUGUAUGGGAUCUCCUGUUCCUGCCAAUCUCUCUCGGAUCACAAUGUUGAAGAGCGCCAUUAAUUGGUACCGUUUGUAGCUGCAAGUUUAGUUGGAUGCGUAGUAACACAUAGGGCGUUGAUCUCACCAUCGACGUCACGUUGACCACUGCUCAGAUUUAUAUACAUAAUCCUAGACCCCGAUUAUGUGAGCCAACCUACGCCCUGUCUGUUCAUGACGGUCAUAGGUUUGUCAGAUCCUCACAAAGAUGGAACUGUAAAUAAACUUCGAAAACCUCG